AUGCUAAAUAAGUUAUAAUAGUAAAAUGUUAACAUAUAAAUUUUAUUAAUUAAAUGUCAUAAAAUUAAAGAGAAAAUGCUUUAUGAUAGACAAUUGAAUUUAGUAUUGGAAAUUAAAAAAUAAAAAAAUAUCCAUACUAUAAUCCAUUAUGUAAUCACAAAAGAAAAUUUUGGAAUUAAUGAUUUUCAAUACCCUCUAAUUGGUUCAUUUUUAAUAAAUCUAAGCAGAUAAUUGGUGAAUAUAGAAGAUCGAUUGAUUAAACUUAUAUAAACUAGAAAUAGACUAAAAAAAAAAAGAUUUAUAUAAAUUAAAUAAGCAAUUCAAAAAAUUUUUGCAAUUGCCGACAAAUUAGAAUAGUCUAGUUCAUACAAAAAUGUCUAAACAUUAACUUUCUUGAAUAUAUAUUUUAUUUUUAUGAAUAACACUUUAACCUAAUUCAUUUUUAUAAAUAUUCAUGUUUUUAAAUUAAUUUUAAUUAAAAAAUGA